UCAGUAAACACCCAGCUUUGUGAGUACAACUUAAGUACAGGUGCUUACACACAAAAGCUUCGACAGAAAGCGGUCUACACGAACACAGAACGCUGCCGCAUUGACAGGACUGCUACCUGCAUGGACUACAGGGCACCACGUUUUAGGCCACAGACGCUUGUAGCUGUACUCUGAAGACAGGCACUGACCGUCCAAGGACACAGAUAUCCUAUGAAUCGGUCGAUUGGUGUGAGAAGGGUCAAGAGACAAAAGCUCGCAUUCGGAAUCACAUAGUAGAAACAGGGACCCGCGUGUGGUACGAUGUAGUGCAGCAUGUGAAAUGCUAGUGUUACAAUGUAGCCCUGUGGUCAGGUUGUGAGGAGCGGUACGGUUGGAGGAUCGUUCUGGAAUUUUCGUCAUAAGACAACAACAACAAUGAAGACAUAUGUAGCGCUGUUCGUGUUGGUGUGUAGAGUUGUCAUACAGUCAGUGAUCGUAGAGGGCACUAACUCCACAGAAGAAAAGGCCCUGAUAAAAGUGUUGAUGUCUAACUACACCACUGGCAGCAGACCGGUGAGAAACAGCAUGGAUACAGUAACAGUCACGUUUGACAUCGCACUCGGACAGAUCAUCGAUGUGAUAUCGAAGGACCGAGUCAUGAUAACAAACUUGUGGGUUCGGCAGUAUUGGAGAGAUGAGUAUCUCGUGUGGGACCCCAGUAACCAUGGUGAUCUGAGAGCGAUCAGAAUACCCAGCGAACAAAUAUGGCGGCCGGAUAUCGUUCUUUACAACAGGCAACUGGAGGAGGACGUUGUAAUACCAGAUACCAACGCAGCCGUGACGUACGAAGGUGACGUCACAUGGCUCUAUCCAAUCACAUUGAAGAGUUCUUGUAUUCUCAAUGUUGAACAGUUCCCCAAUGAUGAACAGCGUUGCGAUCUCCAGUUUGGUUCCUGGACGUACGACGGUUUUGCAGUCGACCUUAUCAACAAAACCGCCACUGGAGACACCUCGAGCGUCAUCGAGAAUGAAGAGUGGAAACUUCUCGACAUGACCGCCAAACGUACCGUCGCCUACUACAACUGCUGUCCGGAGCCCUACCCGGAUGUGACGUACACCGUCCGGAUAUUACGUCGCUCCCUGUACUAUUACUACUACCUGGUGGCGCCAUCUUUGAUCCUGGUCCUCCUGACGCUGAUAAGUUUCCAGGUGCCGCCCGACUGUGAGGAGAAGCUGACCGUGAGCGUGACCAUGCUCCUGUCUGUGGUGUUCUAUCAGCAGCUACUUGCCGACAGACUCCCUGCACAUUCGGGAUACAUUCCCAUAUUGGGCCGCUUCUUCGCAGCAACGAUGUUCACUGUGUCCCUGUCGUCUGCAAUGGUGAUUUUCGUGAUGGGAAUCCACUUCCACGGCCCCAACGCCAGGCCAGUCCCUCCAUGGCUCCGCCGCAUCGCCUUGAGAAGCAGCAAAAAACAGGCAGCAACAUCCGACACAGACAUGUACCCGUCCAAUAGCGAAGCUAGCCUGAUUCCAACCAACCAGGACGACGAAGACACUGACGUGGAUUCCAAUAAGAAGCAAGCGCUUGUCUCUGAAGAAUGCGAGUUGACCAAUCGCCGGAAGCCUCUCAAAACGCGUGACUCUGGGUUCACCAGCAUGUCUAGUAGCGCUUCAUCGGUUGGUUCGCAAACUGCUGAGCAAACGACCGCCAAAGUAAAUACAGAGGAGGAAAAGUUGCUGGCUCCCUUGCGACACAAACUGAGCUACGCUGUUCGUCUCUUUCGUCAAAUAGUCCAUCGGUCUUUGAAGAAAGACAAAAGAAUCGAAAUCAGUGAGGACUGGAAGUUGGUCGCCAUCUUUGUGGACAAAUGUCUUCUCGUCAUCUUUGUGAUAAUAGCUACUAUCACUACAACAGCCAUACUUGUGUAAGCUUUAUUAUAGACUGUCUGGCGUUCACAUUUUUGUUUCAAUAAGCAGUGCGGUAUGAUGCGUUGUUCUUUUGUCUCUGAAUUUCUCCUUCAUUAGUGGUGUUGUUGUUGCUAUCAUGGAUUCGUCUGAUCGUACAUUACUCUAUGGCAAAUGGGAGGUUUGGUUGUAAAGCCGAUGGGCAUAUGUGGCGUUAUCGUGAACGAAAUGGUGAUUUUGAAGUUUAAGAAACAAGACACAGUAAGGCAAUAUGAAAAAGCUAUACAUUGGGCUCAAAAAUGCUUUGUACUUUUGUACAUAUUUGAUAUAUCAAUGAUAGACGAUUUCUGUAACUAUCAACAGAGUUCUGUGAAAAGAAAGAAAAGUGAAGCACUGGUACAUGUAUAGAUAUUGGUGUAAGUUUUAUAGUUGAUAAUAUAUUUGAUAUCAUAGUUUCUACGCAGAUAAUAGCAAUUGUAGCUGUGGUACUUUGCGUAAGAGAAUCAAAUGAAAGUUUUGGACAGUGGACUUAAAAAACAAGUCAUAAUCAAUGUGAAGCAUGGAGUGGUGGUGUGAGAACUUUAAACAUAAUGAUAGAAGUAAGUUCAGAACUAAACAGUGUGCACAGAGAAGCCUAAAUGUCGGGACAAAGAAAUAACCCGAUAGCCUUGUCAGUAACGGCGGUGAAUAGCUUGUUCUCCCUUAACCAAGUCAGUUCAGGUUGAAUGGACAGGUUCUCACGGUAGAGACCGCCUUUGUUUGUGUGGGGCGUUACUAUGCAACUGUGUAAAUACUGUUCUAGCUUUGAAGGCGGAAAAUAUAUCUAGCGAAACGACAACGUCAAUAACAUUAUUUGAAUGUCUCAUGGCGACUCUUGGUUUUAAAAUAGUGUGCGGGUAGGCUUACCGAUGUUGAGUGUUCCUCAAAUACAAAAUGGAACUUGUUUGCGCGCUCAGAUUCUAAAUAAAAUGGCGUCGCCCUCUUACUACCAGA